CCCAGAAAGGCGAACGUCAAGAAAACAGAACCAUUUUUCCCUUUCAACCACAUCCUUCCAGAACAGAUGCAGAUUUUCGAAAUAGAACUGACAUACAACAUCACAAGCAGCUCAAUCCCAUCAUUUUAGAAAAUUUACCAAUAGAUAUGAUCAAGCAAUUUCCACUUGAUUAUAUGCACGUUAUUUGUUUAGGGGUAGUAAAAGUUCUGUUGUUAUCUUGGGUGAAAGUAAGAAACAUGAACUAUUCGUUGCGAAAUGAAAAAAUAACUUGUUUAAACGCCAAUUUAUUAUUUUUCAGAAGCCAAAUUCCACGGGAAUUUAAUAGAAAAACGCGAGACCUGAAUGAAUUAGAACGGUUCAAGGCUACUGAAUUUCGAUUAUUUUUGUUGUAUGUCGGGCCAGUUGUAUUAAAAUCUAUUUUGGAUGAAGAUAGAUAUAAUCAUUUCCUCAAACUUUCUCUUGCUAUUCGAAUAUUGUUGAAUCCGAUCGAUUGCCAAAGAAAUAACUACUGUGCAUCACAACUUUUGAAUGAUUUUGUUUCAGAAAUUCCUCAAUUCUAUAGUUCGGUUCUUUUAACAUAUAACUUCCAUUGCUUAACACACUUAGCUCAAGAUGCUUUAUUUUUCGGUUCUCUUGAAACGAUCAAUGCCUUUAAAUUUGAAAAUUACCUCGGUCAGUUAAAAAAACUUGUUAAAAAAAAAACAUCAACUAGCACCACAAUUAUACAACCGGCUUGUUGAGAAGAGUUUGCAUCCAAAAAAGCAGCAAAUCAUUUCGGAGAAGUUAGGUCGUUUCAAAAACGGUUCUUUCAAUUUUGUUGUUAAAAACGGUUUGUACUUUUCUUUAAAAGCUCCAGAUAAUUUUUAUAUGAGUGACAACUUAAUCUUUAGAACUGUUUCUAUUAUUAAAAGUAGUGACAAUGAAAUCAUUUUACAAGGACAUCACUUACAAAAUUUAAAAGAUUUAUUUAUAACUCCUUUAAAAUCAUCAGUAUUUCAUAUAUAUAAUACAAACAGCUUAACUUUUUCAAAUGUUUUAAGUUCCCAUAUCCUAACCAAAAUAAUAAAAGUACUUUAUUUACAUAACUUUGAAAGUGAUUCACAUUCCUUUCUUCCCCUAGUUUCACAUAAUGUCCCUCAAUAAAUCAUACACAUACAACUCCCAAGAACCAAUAGCCCAAAUAAAUACCGAUGGAGUGCAUUUGCAAUUUGAAACAUCCAUCAACCAAAACGGAAAUAACCACAUCAUAGUCGAAGAAGCAGGAACAAUUAAUAGCUAUACACUGGAUCCCACAUUUUUAGAAGGUAGUCAAUAUCAAUUAUUUAUUUGAACAAUUUUUUUUAAUGAAAAUGUUUUUUUUGCAGCAAUUCAAAGCACCAUUGAUGCAGCUGUAUCCAAAUCUAUGGAAAGAAUCGUCGAGGAGGUAAGAAGCUUGCGGCGAGAUAUCGCAGAGUUGAGGAAUAGCAGAAACAAUGUUCCAUCAAAAAAGAUUAUGCCAGCGGAACCUUUAAACACAGUGGAGCAAUUUAUGGAAUUGGAGAGUUUACUCCAGAAGGAUGAAGAAUAUACUAAAUUUAAGUCGGAACUUAUGCAAAAUAUUAAAUACACAGGAGCGAAAUUCGUCAGAACAGCUUGGCGCUCAUUGGUAUCCGAUGAAUGUGCUCAACAUUUUUCUUGGAAUGGAACGUCAGACAAAAAACCUGUCCGCGUCUUAAAAGUAUCUAUGGCUAUCCGAGAUGUCUUCUUACAUGAAGUGAAGGGCAAUGACACUGAAUAUAUAAGUGGCACCAAGACGAUUUUUCAGUUUGCCAAAAAUAGACAAAAACGGAAGCACCAAAAUGCAGCAAAUUAAUUAUUUUACCUAACUAUUUUUCUAUCAUUUCAUUUUUAAAGAAUGUUUUUCAAAUUUUAAUUUUUAGUAUAAGUUUAAUUUAACUUAUCAAGAAUUUUUCUAAUUUUUAGUAUAAGUACAUAUGUAUAUAUAAUAAAUAAUAUUAAA